AGACAAGGCUCUUAAGGGGUUGUGAGAGAUUUGAGUAUACUGUCUCUGCAAGGAGAAUGUGCUUAAAUUAACAUGGAUACCAUUUUAGUUUUCAGCCUAAUCAUUACAUCCUAUGAUGCCAACAAGAAUGAUCUCCAAAACAGCAGCUGCCAAGUGGACCAGCUGCCCGGUUUCUCACCAAAGGAUGGGAGAAGCAUCAGAACUAUGCUAAUACAAGAAGCUCAAAUGGAAGACAAAAGGCCCUCAUUCUCCCAAAAUUGGACUGUGGCUAGCCUGCAAUGCCUUGGCUCUGGGAGUACAGUAAAAGUCAACCUUGUAUAUUCUGAGAAAAGGUCAAAGGUCAAGCAUACUCUGAAGAACCUGAGAGCCAUUGUUAUUCCUCAAAGACACAGCACUCAUUCCUCAAGCUGUCAUCUCAUGCCCACAUACGAAUUUCAUACUGGAUUCCUCUUAACAGGAAAAGCUUUCCUACCAGGCAUCUCCCAAUGUAAAGUUUAUCCAGAGAUGGGAGCUUCAUCAAAGAUUUUACUCCGUGCUACGGGCUUUAUAACUCCUGGGAAUAAAGAAGAAAAGAAAACUACAAAUACUGACACAGAUGAAAGCCUAGAGAAGAGGAAGAAAUGGAGCAGUUUGGUGAAAUUUCUGAUUGCUUUCACCCUGUUGCUUGGGGGAGUUGCCAUUAUGGUGUUCGGCAUUUUUGAAGUCCCAUGCCCAAGUCACUGCCUGGGAGCCAGAAGGCUAUGCCAAAGUCAGCAGCUGUGGAGAAGAGAAAGAAAAGGAGGCCAGGCACCUGAGGCAGCUGAACCCCAACCUGACUCACAACCAGAGAAGGUUGGACAUGACGCUUCCAUCCCCUCAAGCCCAAAAGAAGAUGUCGGGAUCCCUGUUAUCCAGCAGACAUACUUCUGA